AUGGCACCCUUCACCAUGUCCCGCAUCCUUUGUGGGCUGCUCCUCUUCUUUUUGGGCACAUUUGCCCUCCUCGCUGACACCACCAAGACUGGAAGUGGUCAGCUGUCCAAGGCCGAGACACGGAGACUCGCGGCUUCAGCAACGGCCACAGUCCCCGUGGCAACCCCGGCUCCUCUUGUGGUGAUAGGCACACGAACCACCACCGUCUCUACCAUCGCCAUCACCACCACAACGGCCCUCGCCCGCGCAGAACCCACCCCGUCCAACGUCGUCAUCGUCGCCCCAGCACCGACCACCGUCACGGCAAAACCCGAACCCGCCGCCCCCUCCCUCCUCCACGCUGCCCCUCUCCCCGACGACCCCUUUCGCCUCUUCCACAACGAUGACAACAGUUUGCUCUCGUGCUACUCAUCGGGAAGACAGGGUGAGCGCUGGAAGUUCAUCGAGUCCAUCGACAACUUUUGCCACGCCUUGGACCGCGAAUCGUUGUCCCGCCGCAUCCCACUGACGGGCUUCCGCCAGCAUUCGUACAAUUGGGAGGAACUCUGGGUCAGGAGGUAUACGCACUACGACAUAUCGCUCGACGUCAAGCCGGGGUGCGAGUGGGAGUUUGACUCGUACGAGUGUGGGCAGUACUUGCGGAUUCCCGUGGACAUGUGUGACAUGGAAAUGGAAAACGACAAGAAGGGCGGGGAGGUGCAAGCGCGGACGGGCUAUGGGGAUCGGGAUGUGCAGAAUCAUGUGUGGAAGGGGGAUGAGGUGUUGAAGCAGUAUGGGGAAGCGAGGUUGGGGGACUUGGAGAAGAAGGGGAUGAGUAGGACGUGUUUGGUUUGGAGAAUUGAUUUGGUAUUGGGCCAUAUUGAUGGUGCGGAUAAUGUGGAGGGGUUCCCAGAUGGGGUUGGCAUCGACCUAGGUCCAGAUCAUGACCAUGACGAUGGUAAGGUGAAUCAUGGGGGUUAA